AUGGCGGUCGAGUACGAACCAAUCAAGGGAUACGCCGAUGAUUCAGAGGAUUCCGUUCAUGCGCAAGAAAAUCUUUUGAGCAUUGAUAUUGAUUCGAGCAAUGUCGAGAAAAUCCAAGACGAUGAUGAUGACAAUGAUGAGAAAUUGAAUCGGUUGGCUCUUCAGAUCUCUGGCCCAAACACCGCUAACAAAGCUGAUGAAUGCCCCUUGAUUCACCGCCGACGGCUUGUUUCCUUGGACGUUUUCCGGGGGCUCACCAUUGUGCUAAUGAUACUUGUUGAUGAUGUUGGUGGCCUUCUUCCUGCUAUCAAUCAUUCACCAUGGGAUGGUUUAACCUUUGCAGAUUAUAUCAUGCCAUUUUUCCUCUUCAUUGUUGGUGUUUCAAUUGGACUGACAUACAAGAGAGUUUCCUGCAGAGUUACUGCAACUAGGAAGGCGAUAUUGCGGGCAUUAAAGCUUCUGAUAUUAGGCCUUUUUUUACAAGGUGGCUUCUUCCAUGGGCUCAAAAAUUUAACAUAUGGGGUGGAUAUUGAACAAAUGAGAUUGAUGGGAAUACUGCAGAGAAUUGCAAUAGCAUAUUUAGUAGCAGCAUUGUGCGAGAUUUGGCUGAAGGGUGAUGAUCAUGCAACACCACAAUUAGCUCUGCUGAGGAAGUAUCAAUUUCAGUGGCUUGCAGCUUCUGUGCUUACUGUCAUAUAUAUUUCCUUGUCUUAUGGCUUGUACGUACCCAACUGGCAAUAUCAGAUUCCAGAUUCAAUUUCUUCUUCGGGAGCAAAGAUUCUUUCAGUGAAAUGUGGAGUACGUGGUGACACCGGACCAGCCUGUAAUGUGGUUGGAAUGAUUGACCGAACAAUACUGGGUAUUCAACAUUUGUACAGGAAACCAGUCUUUGAAAGAACAAAGCAAUGCAGCAUCAACUCACCUGAUUAUGGCCCAUUUCCUUCUGAUGCCCCUACAUGGUGUCAAGCCCCAUUUGAACCUGAAGGACUUCUGAGUUCAGUGAUGGCGAUUGUGACCUGCUUGGUUGGUUUACACUAUGGGCAUAUACUCGUCCACUUUAAGGAUCACAGGGAUCGAAUUCGUCUGUGGCUAAUUCCAUCUUCAGCUUUUCUAGUCAUGGGGCUUGCCUUGGACAUUUUUGGAAUGCGUAUUAACAAGGCUCUUUACUCAUUCAGCUACAUGUGUGUUACUGCUGGUGCUGCCGGCUUUCUCCUUGCCGGAAUCUAUCUUCUGGUUGAGAUCUAUGGAUAUCGACGAGCGACAUGGGUAUUGGAGUGGAUGGGGAAGCAUGCAUUGAUAUUAUACAUCCUUGCAGCCUGCAAUAUCAUACCAAUCAUUAUACAUGGAUUCUACUGGAAGCAGCCUCAAAAUAACAUUCUUAGCCUAAUUGGAAUUGGAAGAUGAAGUGACAGUUGUGCUUGCAAUCCAUGGAAAUAUAGGUUUUUUUCUUUACCUCUUCGAUCACCUUAAACUGUCUC